AUCCACGACUGAAAUUCCAAUCGCUAAAACCCGAAAUUCCCAAAACCCUAACCCUAAUCCUUCUUCUUCUUCUUCUUCUUCACUAUGGCUCGUACCAAGCAGACCGCUCGCAAGUCCACCGGAGGAAAGGCGCCGAGGAAGCAGCUGGCGACCAAGGCUGCCCGGAAGUCGGCUCCGGCGACCGGAGGAGUGAAGAAGCCUCACCGGUUCAGGCCGGGAACGGUGGCGCUGAGAGAGAUCAGGAAGUACCAGAAGAGCACGGAGCUUCUGAUCCGCAAGCUUCCGUUCCAGAGGCUUGUCAGGGAGAUUGCUCAGGAUUUCAAGACUGAUCUCCGAUUCCAGAGCAGCGCCGUGGCGGCGCUUCAGGAGGCGGCGGAGGCGUAUCUGGUGGGGCUUUUCGAGGAUACGAAUCUGUGUGCUAUUCAUGCGAAGAGGGUUACCAUUAUGCCCAAGGAUAUUCAGCUUGCGAGGAGAAUCAGAGGCGAGAGGGCUUAGAAAAAACUCAGAUUGAUCCUCUCUGCUUUGGUAUUUAUAAUUUGAUGUAGAUUUGGUUUUGCGCUUAUUUAGAUUAAGAAAUCUGGUUUCGAAGAAUUAUGAAGUAGAUCUGGUUGUAUAUCUUGCCUGAUUUUUGAGUUCUUAAUGAAAUGGGUUUUGUGGAGAUGAUGUUGCCAUC